UAUGGCGGCCGACAGCAAAAAAGACGCACAGGUCUCCACAGUGCUACCUCUGCAUGACAGGGUGAUGCAAGUUGUAGAUAAGCAAGGUCAGCAAAUUCAAGUUCCAGCUUUGAGUAAAGGUUUUGUGGAACCAGUCUACUGGCUCAAGUACAGACCUCCACGAGUAAUCUUCAGCUUUGACGAGCUAAUGUCCAUCUGUGCCAACGAAGUGCAAGACCUGGCUGAAAAGCACAGUGCAGCAAUCGAGGAGUGGUUGGAACGCAUGGCGUACAUCGAAGAAGACUUGACGAAGAUGCUGCGGAUACCUCACAAUCGGUUCUGGUCUCAUGCUAUGUAUGAUGACGGUUUUCACCAGCUGCUUGAGUCGUACCUGCGGCUGGCACCAAGGUACACAGGACUGCACCGGUACACCAUCACCAAGGAGAUGCAGGAGGCUGACGAACGAGUGCAUAAGUUGGUGUUCCGAGCCUACCUUCGUCUUUCCACGAAUAAAGAGUCCAAGGUCAACUUCAUUGACAAGGAAAAGUUUGCAGAGCUAAUCUACGAAAACUUCAUCUUUGACAUUCCCAAGAUCUUCGACAUCUGUGUAAUGUUCGAGAGAGCAAACCACGACUUGGUUUGCCGCAUGGUGGAACACAUCAUGAACUGCCAGCCAAAGUACAGCUCAGACCUGAAGGACAUCGAGGACACCAUGCUCAUGGCUUUUGAGAGGGCAGAGCAGUCCAUUCAGUCCCAGGAUGACAGCGACUUUGAGGCCAUGCCGCGGCGCCUGGACGAGGGCAAGGCAGAGUUUUCAGAGCUGUGCCUUAUGCCUUUCUGGAAGCUGCUUGAACGUAUCACAUAUACAGUGGACAUUGCUGCUGCCUUGGCAACCUUUCUCAACGUCUACCCGACAGCCGCCAAGAUCUUCACCCUCGAAAAUGUGGGGCCAAGGUUAGCAAGGUUUUUUGAUGCCACCUUUCCUGUACUGAAAGAGGAGCUUGUACGUCGGAACGGGUUGAAGUCUUUUGAACCGGUGUUCUCAAUGAUCAAGAAGCGGCUGUCAUAUGCCAAGUUGUGUGUGCUGAAAGUCUUCCGCUCCUUGCUUCAGCAAUCCUGCCUGCAGCCACUCAUUGAGAUUGGACAAGAGAAGCAGUCUGGAAAAGAGAUUCCCUACAUCGAGUCUUUCUUUGAAGUCAUCUGUGACUGCUUGACAGAAAAACAUUUCAUAGUUUCCUACCAGCAGCGAUACCCAGUUGAAGAAGAUAUUGGAAUGUUUGAGCAGUACAACUUCUAUGUAGACAACACACGCACCCUCUACGUCCUUCAGAGCAUCAGCGCCAUCUACACUGAGCUGGGCAGUGCUCCGCCCAGCAACCUUUUGAAUGCCCAGGAUGCGGCGGCCAACCCAAGGCAAACAGCCAAAGUUCCUGCGUUCCAAACCACUAAUGGGGCCGUGGCAGCAGCUGCCGAGCCCAGCAAGGCUGGUCCAGCAGAAGAAGAGCUAGGGGCUUGUGGUGGGGAACCAGCAGCAAUACUAUCAUCGGAAAUUCUAAACCUGACAGAACUCUUCCCAGAUCUCUCACCGGCAUUCCUAAAGGAAUGCCUGAAGUACUACAGCAACAACCAUGAUGAAGUGGUGAUGGCAUUGCUGGACAAUAACCUGCCACCUAGUCUUAGUCUACCUACUGCUUCCACGUCUGCACCUGCGCCACUGGAGCUUGAGCCUAGAAGUAUUUAUGACAAUGAUGAGUUUGACAUCUUGAGAAGGAAUGACGUGGACAUGUCAAAAGUUCACAUUGGGAAGAAGAGCAAGACACCUAAGUCAUUAGAUGACAAAGGCCACGACAAGGUGCUAAAGGAGGUGUACGAGAAGUACAGCAUAGUUCAAGACGUAGUGGAUGGCGAAGGUGUCUACGAAGAUGAAUAUGAUGACACCUACGACAGCAACGACGUGGGUCUCGAGGAGCCAGCACCCGAAGGCGAGCUGUCCUCACGCAGGGCUUUCACUACUCCGAGAGUAUUGGAGCAAAAAUCAGGCAGAAGACACAAAGAAAAUCGAUAUGAAGACAAAGAGCCAGACAGUGAGAAAGAGGAGGCUGCACCACGUGACCAGUUUGUUGCAAACCCAGCGGAAAUUCGGGCUCAGAGGGAGAGGCGGUAUCAAGAGAAGAUGGAGCGCUCAGGUCAUGCGCCUCGCAGAAGGGAUUUAAAAGGUGGACCAAAGGGCCAGGGCCAGUCCCGAGAUGUGGUCCAGGACAGACAGUUCAAGGAGAGGCACAAGUCGUCCUUUACGCACAACCAGAGGGCUCAAGCUGACUACAAGCGCAGCCGGGGCAUGUACUCCUAGCACCCACCGGCGAGCUGUACACAGACCUCACAGCCACUGGCAACAAUGUGCAAGCGUGCGGCACCGACACCUGCAGCACCACAUCGCGACCACUUCCAGCAUUAUGUUGGUGAUGUUUGUGCGCACAUACAACUGCCAGACACAGCAUCUCAUGCGUGCACGGCCCAACAGAUAAUGUUGGUGGUUACAACAAGGUGGCACUGCUAGCGCCGUAUGUUGAGUUGGUAAAGGAAGCCAGUAUAAGUGGCUCUUCCAACUAAACACCACUGGCUUGUUUGCUUGCACGGAAAUUUUGCACAGAAGCUGGACUCUGUGGUGGGCUUUAUAAAAUGCCGCACUCGGAUGUGCUACUUGCCUCAUUCUUCUAGAAAAAAAAUAUAAAGGAUACAUCAUGUGCAGUGAUGCUGGAUGCAAAAAGUAGUUUUUGUGGCAUCCAUACAGGUGGCAUGGUCUGUACUAAGGAGGCACAAUGUGUACCACUUAGGUGACAGGAAACAAAGCAGUUUCACUCUCCAGGUGACAGAUGGUACCACCAAUCCCCUCCCCCUUCUUUUUUUAAAUAUGCAUUGUUUAUUUUGUCUGGCAUCAUCAUAGACAAUCUGUACUUCUGAUCUUUUCUUGAUGAAACAAAAAUGUGUUCAUGCAUGGUAAUAAACAAAGCCCACCUUCAAGUUCGACUUCUGCACGAAAUGCGAUUGCAAGCAAGCCACUGAUUUAGAUGGAAGAAAGGUAUACAAGGCUCCCUUAUCAACACAACCUUCUGUGGCACUCAAAGCCACGCAUUCGAGUGUUGGUGCCAAUGUUUGGGGUGUCUUCACAAUCAGCAAAGUUGUACAGACAUAGGAACAGUUGACUACACUGUAAAAUGCAGAUUUUUAUUUUCUGUGAUUCCUUAUUUGCCUGGUGCAGGCAUUCUAAUUUAUGUGCAAAUAGUUUGACCUGACCAUGAUGCAUGUACUCUUGAUUAGUUCAAAACGCAGUGAAUGCCUUGAAACUGUAAGAGCCAACAUGUAUGUACUUUUUGUGGGGGCUUGUCAAGUGAUGACUGCUGGAUGUGCCUUAUGGAGCGAAUAUUUGUCACUCUGGGAGCAUUUCUUACUGUGUGUCCCUUUGAUGCGCUUGGGCAUUUCUGCGUUUUAUUAACUGUCUUAUUUUGUGUACAGAAGCAACUGUUUUAUAAGCAGAGAUGCCUUUUUUUGUUGACUAGCUAAACAGCUUUACUCCUGCAUCAUGUUACAUCAGCAGCAGAAGUCACGUUUUAGCCAUUGUUGAAGGCAACUCGUCUAUAUGUGAAGCCUUGUUCAUAUGCAAAAUAAAUGUUUGUGCUGUGACUGCUAAGUUAGAAGUAGCACCUUUAAUAAUCAGCCUGUUUCCCAUUGUAAGCAAAGUGCUCAGAUUUCUGGUUCUUCCUUUUCUUUUUUUUCCUUUUUUGUUCAAUUUAUUUGCACUGCUGCCUUCUAGCGAAUCAGUUAAAAGCCACUUAGCAGCAUCCUAUUUGCAUCUAGUAGUUCUCUUUCCCGCAUUAAAUUUAUUUUAUUCCUGUGAAAGGCUUUCUUUGAGAAGAGAGAAAGUUCUUUCACCAUGAGGGGUCCCGAGAAAAAAUUUACUUUUUUUUGUAGCUCACCUGCACAGUUAGAAGGCAGUUGUAGCAGUUGCAGCACGGAAGCCCAUGUUUAGUGUUUCUUUUCAGACAGCCCCACUUAGAGUUUCAUAAAAAUUUUCUAUUACCUCUUUGUUUCUUUGAUUGCCAUGGUACAUAAAAUUUUAAAUUUUUGUCCCACUGUAAGACAAAAGCAGGCUAAGAGUUUGCCUCAGUAGUUGUACCACAUGUGGAAGGAUAGGUUAAAUACAAUUUCCCCACAAACACACUGGCGCUCUGUGGAGCACCAGGGCAGCUGCGCAAGCCAUGUAUCGAAGCAGAUCUGCGCAGGCACAGUGACGCCUAGAUUUACGUUCUUGUGUUGUCUGCAACAACAUUUGGGCACGCCAAUGGAAAUGCUUACUCGAGUCUAAGCAGUGUGCUGGGCUUGAGGUGGUGAAACCACCGUCUGUUCGCAUGCAGCACACACUCAAGUCGGCUUGCUGCAACGGCAGUACUGUUAUAUCCCGAGAGAAGCCCCAUCCCCGAAAGAAAAACCAUCUCUGUUUUCGGCGUGAUUAGCUAUAUUUUUUUUUUUUCCAAAACACCGAAAGAUUGCCCCCCGUAAAGGCAAGAAACUUUCACGGCAGGACGUCGUGAAUUUUGUGUCCCAAGUCCUGGCCGUCCGUGUCUGAGGAAGUUGUGGCCCAAUUGUUCAAGCGCUUGGUAAUAUCUAUAGGGUCCUUUGUGCUCUGGCUUUAUAUUUAUUUAAAUUCAGCAUGGUAACAGUCAUAUAUUACUUUUAAAGAUGAAAACCUGGAAUAAAACGGGUGUUUUGCAGUCUGGUGGCCCAAAGUUCGGGAUUCUUCUGGUAAGCUUUACAAAAGAUUAACAAAAUAAUAGUAAUAAAAUCUCAUUAAUUCAGUUCAUUAAAAGGGCUCUCAACCACCAGUCGGGUUUGGUCAAGUAACAUAGUCAACAGAUAGCAUACGCUGCUGUGAACAUCUCAGCCAAGUUUUGCUGUCGUAUGCGGUGCGUGGAGCUUGCAGGCGGAUUGCAAAGUCGCCUUUCUCUCAAACGCUCUCUUUCAACAGAAGGUGCUGUCUUCAUUCUCUUCUAGACACACUAUUUCAUUAUUCCCUUAGACGGCGGCUAUCAGCCGAUAGCUGACAAUAGGCUGCGGUUGGCUACAUGGCGUAGAUACCACGGUUGCCGUGGGGUGCCACCAUGAGUCCACUGGCCAAGCGCACUGCGACUCACUGAGGACAGCUGCGUUUGGUUUAUGUUUAGCAUGUUGUAGGCACCAAAGAAAAGUCGUGGCGUCUACGUUAACAUCCAAAAUGAAAUUUUAACUGCGUGGCACCUUGACGUCUAGAAGGCGGAGCGUUGUGGGCACCACAGGCGCAAGUGGUGGCGUCUACAUUAACAUCCAAAAUGAAAUUUGAACUGCGCGCCCCGGUGAUAUCUAGAAGGCGGAGCAUUGUGGGCACGUUUCACUGCGCUGUAGCCUUCACAGUGCAAGGCAUUCCAGAAGGAACGGGAGCACAGCGGAGGCUGUGUUUGAUUGCCAAAAACUCAGCUUCUGUUAGAUGCAUUGAAGUACUUUUUGCAAAGUAUUUCUGAAAUAGCCCAUCUUCACUUCAAAUGCCUUUCUCCACUUCAAUAAGAAGUAUUCAGGGCCUGUUUAAAAAGAAGCAGUUGUCUCUAGGUACAUGCAAAUAGUAGAUUUCAAAUUGAAUAUCAACUUUAAUUACAAGAAAAGCGGAAUACUAAAUAUCAUAUGUCCGAAAAUUGAACAAGAACUAUUAGGCUUCCAAAUUUCAUGCAAAAAACACAGCGCUGCACAUCCUCGCGAGGCUAAUCACAUGAUUUAACGAUACUCUUGCUAGCUAUCAGUAACUUGGGUACCUAUAAAUCGAGAUACAUAGUAGGGUCUACUCUUAUCAAAGGGAACACCAAAUUAUUAUACCAACACUGAUGAAAAUGACGAGAACCUCACUACCUCGCAGCUUCUGUUCACUAUGCCAGAACAACAUCAAUUCUUUGUUAAUUCACAUGUAUGCAACGUGCAGGAAAUACAAUGUCCUAUUGUCGUAUUUUUGUAAAUGCUGCUACCAAAAAAUAAAACAACAAGCUUUUGUUCACUCCGUGCUGGCUGGUACUGAUUAUAUGUUUACAUGUGCCAGUUUUCACGAGUGUUCAUUAAAAGCAGAGCAUAUGCCACAUUCAUUUAUUAAUAUGAUAUAUCUUGACCACUUGCUCCUAAAAGGUGGGCAGCACGCGUUUGUUUUGUAACACCUGCAUCUAAUAUUUUUUACUAAAGAGCAAACUUUGUGGAAAACUGGUUUAACACAAUUUUCAGAAAGUUGUUCAGGUGCGAAAAUUAGGAAUUAUGGGGUUUUACCCAAAACAGAAGCAUGCUAAUUAUCUACCACCCCUGAUAGGUCCAAAGACAGCGAGCUCCAUGGGUGACUGGCAUCAGCAGUUCCCCCUUCCGCUUCUCUGCUCGCAUGCCGUAGCAUGUGCGUGACGAGGUCAUCAAUAUUUUGCUCGACAGUGAUGGUGCCUGUUCUAUAAUAAGCUUUGCAGAAAACUGACCAAGGACAUAUAGACAAACCUUCACCACCUUUGGCUAUGUUUCUCUUUUUUUCUUUUCCCAACUUUUCUGGACUGUACAUCGAAAGUUAGCCCGCUCCCUCUUUUCAUGCAAUACGCUCUAAAUUUCAGCUGGGCUAUCUCUCGAAAUAUUACAGUAUGCUACUGAAAGCAAAAUUCGCUUCACUUCAGGGGUUGCAGGCUUAGAAGGCCGCCACAAAGACUCACUGUGGUUAUACAGAUUUGAUGCGAUGCACAGCCGCAGCAGCUGCACUGGUGGAGUGCAUAGCGCAGCCACGCAUUCACAUACCUCACAAUAUUUUAAUGGGUGACAGUGAAUGUAACCAUUUGUUUACAUGUAGGACAUACAGGAGCAUUGUAAUGACAUAUAAUUUUAUACUGCAUUUUGUUUUUUGUUUUUUUAGUAAAUACAGCUGCCAACCAAUUUUUCGACCUGUGCAAUCAUUGUUACUUUCCUGUGGCACGGCAACCCAUGGCUGCAACUCGUAUAGAACAUCGGCUAAAAUUUCAAACACCUGUGUGGUGUUGUUGGUUUUUUCAGGUGCGGACUGCAUGUACAAUAUUGUAAGUGUGAUGAUUGUUAACAAACCUGCCAUUAUUCAGGCUACUUUUGGGGGCGAGAGGAUUUCUUGCCUUCCGUGUGCUGUUCAGCCUCUGAGAAGAGAUCAACAUAUUUUCUACACCAAAGCUUGAUCAUCAGCCGGAAACUCUCCAAUGAAACAGCCAGGGCAUGGCCUAGCUACCUAGUCAGUGUGGUUGUGAGGAAAUUUGUCACUGGCUGGCAUGCCAGCAGGUGGUAAACGUUCUUGGAAAAUUUGCCAUUAAUAUAUUCGUACCAGUUGUCAUUAUCAGCGAUUAGGCUAAAGUUAAUGUGUGCAAACUGUACUGGCAGGUCUCGCUAAGCAAUGGAAGUUGCAUUUGGGGUCUCUGAACAGCAGGCUGACAACUACUGCAAAUGCUUACCAGAGUUUGUGCAUUGCUGGAAAGACGAAAUGUUGAUAGCUUGUGUGUGGGCAGUAAAAUUUGCGCAGCAGGGUCUAAAUUGCCUGUGUUGUGAUAAGGCGCAAUAUAAAUUAUGCUUUGCUACAGGUUCAAUUCUGAGCAUAGGUGCAGUCUCUAGUGUCAAGUUAGGAUGAAGUAUUAUCGCUCUGGAAGUGCAGCAGCGGAUAAAAGGCUAUAAAAACAAUUGAAUUUUUUUUCCUCGCUUCAUUAUUAUUUACGUUUUCACAGCCCGUUUGGCGUCUGAAAAAUAGGUCGGCAGCAGUACACGAAUUCAGCUUGUGAGUGUUGGUUAAGCACCUGUUCUCUUGUGAUAAAUAAAUUAUAUAAAAGCAUAAUAACAUAUUUUUUUCAGUAACAGUUUGUGUUAUCAAAUAGCAACUCGUGACAUCUUUCUGUCCUGUUCUCAAUAUGAAAAAAAUUGUGUUCCUUAUUUACUUCUCGAAUGUGUGUGACAUGGCAUAUGCACCUUUGGCAGCAAGCAGAAGAGUACUGUUUAAUGGGUUUGUGUGACUGCAGGGAAAUGGUAUAAGGUUGGAGUCAGCACUUAGUCUUUGAAAAGAAAUAACUACUUCAAAGACGUUUCAGAUGUGCACUUUCAAACAUAAGAGUAGUGCUUGUCAUGGCUGUUAUUUUAGCAAGAAAUGUUGGCCCAUACUCUGAGGGCCAUGCUCAGGCAACUUGUUUUUUUUGUGCAUAAGUCGUUUUAUGCAGAGUAUGCAUGGGAUUCUGUGAUAUAGUGUCACACCUGACAAAAUGUGUAUGGAAGAAAUGUUUUACAAUGAAACAAUUUGCUCUCAG